AUGAAAGCAGCAAAGGUCGCCAAAAACCAUCCCAACAAAAAAGCAGACGGAGCUGCCUCUCUGCUCAAAUCCUGCGCUUCGCUCUGCCACCUCAAACAAAUCCACGCCCACAUAGUCCGAUCAAACCUUCACCGGAACGCCUCCUUAGCCUCCACUCUCAUCUCUUUCUACGCCUCUCUCUGCGCCUCGCCUCGCUACACCCACCUCGUCUUCACCUCUUUCCCCAACCCAAAUCUCUCUCUCUCUCUCUUCAACCACGCCGUCAGGGCUUUCUCUAAGAUCUCCGUGCUCUGUUUCGAGGCGGUGAGUUUGUAUUCGCAGAUGGUUUCGGUUGGAAUUAGACCUGAUAACUAUACGUACCCUUUUGUGCUGAAUUCGUGCGCUGCGUUGAGUGAUCUUUGUGGCGGGACUGAGGUCCAUGGACGCAUUGUGAAAAUGGGUUUUGGGUUUUGUGUUCCGGUUUCGAACGCUUUGGUUGAUAUGUAUGGGUAA